AUGCCAUUGGUACCAUUUACUCAGGUCCAGAUUCGACCUCUACAUACCAAACCACAUAUCUUCAUUGUAUACCAAGAUUCAUUCCACACCUACAAAAUCCCGAUUAUCCCGACAGUCCGUCCGAGUGCCGGAGCUUACCUUGGUUUCCCAUGUUUUGCCGUGGCUAUCAACUCUUGGUUGUGUUUCCCCAAGCCCUUUCCAAGAAAAAUCUAA